UUCACGCACAGGAAGCCAGGAGCACUCACUGUGUGAUGCUGUGGUCACUGUUCCUGCCCCUGCUGUGGACAGGGUCCCUCGCUCAGGAUCAGAGAUACCAGCUGACGGUGCCCAAGUCAGUGACUGUCCAGGAGGGUCUGUGUGUCCUUGUGCCCUGCAGAGUCAUCUAUCCCUUCUCUCUGUACUCUCCUCACCCCGUCUUUGGUUACUGGUUCAAGAAAGGAGCCAAUAUACAUCAUGGCUCUCCGGUGGCCACAAAUGACCCCCAAAAGCCAGUGCACACGGCGACCAAGAACCGAUUCCUUCUCCUCGGGGACCCACAGAAGCAGAACUGUUCUCUGUUCAUCAGAGAUGCACAGAAAAGAGAUGCGGGAAUGUACUUCUUCAGGGUGGAGGGAGAUCCUUCUGUGAGAUAUAGUUAUGGAGAAAGUCAGCUGUCUGUGCAUGUGCUCGCUCUGACAAAGAUCCCUGACAUCCUCAUCCCACCAACCCUGGAGCCUGGCCAGUCCAUCAACCUGACCUGCUCUGUGCCCUGGGCCUGUGAGCGGGGAACACCCCCCAUCUUCUCCUGGAUGUCAGUUGCCCUCACCUCCCUGGGCCCCAGGACCACGCUCUCCUCGGUGCUGACCCUCACAGGCCGGCCCCAGGACCAUGGCACCAACCUCACCUGUCAGGUGACCUUCCCUGGAGCAGGUGUGACUGUGGAGAGGACAGUCCAGCUCAAUGUCACCUCAGGGGAUCCUGGGACAACAGCAACAUCAGGAAUGGUUCUGGCGGCCAUCGGGGGCGCUGGUGUCACAGCCCUGCUCUUCGUCGGCCUCUGCCUCAUCUUCUUCACAGUGAACACACACAGGAAGAAAGCAGACAGGACUGUAGCAGGCAUGAACCACGUCCGCCCUUCUACCAGACUAGUCUUCCAGAGCCAACAGCAGGACUCCAGUGUGCACAGCCCUCCUGGGAACCCAAGCUCCUCACAGGAGGCCCCCGCCGUGGGGACAGAGCAGCAUCUGCAUUAUGCCUCCCUUGUCUUCCAUGGGUCAAGGCCUUGGGUGGCCCCUCUUCCCAGUUCUCAGAGAUCUGAACCCACUGAGGAGCCGUCAGGAGCGUCGCUUCCAUUUGGAGCACCUGUGUCCUCUACAGACCCUCAAGGAUGAUUCCUGGACCCCACCCCACAAUCUCAACAUGAUGGGUGAUAAUCCUGUAUAUGUGUCUCCACUGUGUUGAA